GAAAUUUAUUCAUUCUGGCUUAUCACUAUUUUUAGAACCCAACAAAGUGGGCAUGAUCGCGUCUUUCACAUUAGAUUCUGCAACUUGUCCUCAACAAAACCAACAAAUUUAGGGUUUUACAGAAACCUUAAAAAUCAUGUCCAAUUCUCUCUCGGUCAAACCCAACCUCGUUUUUUCUCCAUUUCCGCACCGGACAGCUCGUCAAAAUCGUUUUUUUAAUCGAACUGACUUUGCCCACAAACCAUUCCUUCGUGGCUCACUUUCUGUUGCCAAUUUCGGGUUCAAACCCGACCCACAAAGUGCGGAGCCUGUACUUAGGGAGCUUUUUGGACAAGCUGAGAGUUUUCUCUUUACAAUAGCUGAUGCUGCCGUGUCAUCCUCCGACACAGUAACUGCAACCAAACAGAGCUCUGAUUGGCUUUCUGUUAUUACUAAUGUGAUGGAAACUGUUUUGAAGGUUUUAAAAGAUGGACUGUCUACUUUACAUGUGCCAUAUUCAUAUGGUUUUGCUAUUAUUCUUCUCACAGUACUUGUUAAGGCUGCUACUUUUCCUUUGACUAAGAAACAGGUUGAAUCUGCCAUGGCUAUGCGAUCUUUAACACCCCAGAUAAAGGCUAUUCAGCAAAGAUAUGCUGGCGAUCAGGAGAGAAUUCAACUUGAAACCGCUCGAUUAUAUAAAUUAGCUGGCAUAAACCCUCUAGCAGGAUGUUUGCCUACCCUUGCCACUAUACCAGUAUGGAUUGGCCUUUAUAGAGCUCUUUCAAAUGUGGCAGACGAGGGACUCCUCACAGAAGGUUUCUUUUGGAUACCCUCUUUGGCUGGUCCUACUGCAAUUGCAGCUCGACAAAGUGGAAGUGGCAUUUCUUGGCUCUUCCCUUUUCUAGAUGGUCAUCCACCUCUUGGAUGGCAUGAUACCUUGGCAUAUCUUGUGUUGCCUGUGUUAUUGGUUGUUUCACAGUAUAUUUCGGUCCAGAUCAUGCAGACCUUACAGAAUAAUGAACCAAAUGUGAAGACUUCUCAAGCACUGACAAGUUUCCUCCCGUUAAUGAUUGGCUAUUUUUCUCUUUCAGUUCCCUCUGGUCUAAGUCUUUAUUGGUUUACAAAUAACAUAUUGAGUACAGCCCAGCAAAUAUGGCUUCAGAAGUUUGGAGGUGCAAAAAAUCCAAUGAGACAAUUCAGUGAUACAAUUAAGGAAGAACAACUUGAGACUCAGAAACUUAUCUCUACAUUAAAUUCCAACAAGGAGGGGGUCAGACAAAUAGAGAAGUUGACAGUAGAGGGACUACGUCCUGGUGAAAGAUUUUAGCAAUUAAAGGAGCAAGAGGCAAGAAAAAGGAGAGAAAGAGAAGAGAAGAGGAAAGCUGAAGAGGCGGCAGUUAAAGGAAACCAGUUAGCCAUUGAGGAACACAAAAAAGAAAGAAGUGAACUGGAGGAGGAAACUGGAGGUGCUGCCAUCUUAGUUGAUAAAAAAAUUGGAAGCCUGCAGUCAGUAACUGGUCAAGAUACCUCCAAUGUUAAACUUGUGAAUGGUGACCAGUCUAGUCAAGAGUUGAAUAAAGGUGAGAAUACAAUCUCUUCAUCCAGGAUGAAAGACGGUGUGGUUUGUGCUAAUUCUGAGGUUGAUAGGAUGGAUGAGCAACAAUCGUAUGAGGACUUAGAAAAGGAAGUUGUUGAAGUAAGCAAAAGCACAGUGAUGAAAGAUAACAAAUAUUCCGAAGAAGACACACACCAAGCCAGGAGCGAGGGGGGAACUGAAUAGAACUAAUGUUGAUUUGUUAGUAUCUCAAGUUACCCACAAGUACAGGCCUAGGUUUUUGCAAUUUAGUUGAAUAUGGGUAAGCAACAUGAGGGUAAUUAUUUAUUUACUGCUGAAAGCAAUCCUGAAUAUUUCCGCACUGGAUUGGUGAUGUCUCUACAAAUUGUAGUGUCACCAUGCAGAUGACUUGCGGCAUCAAUAGGGUUUUGGAAGUUGCAUAUACGAAAAGCAAGAGCUGAGAUGUAAGAAUAUUUUUAACUAAUAGACUUCUGUCAUUUAUGUAUAUGCUGAAAAAUCGAAGUCAUUAUCCAUUUUUUAUGGUCCCCGUUUUGGAUAGAGCAUAAAGAAUAAUAUGGAAUCAAAGCUGCAGCAUAUUCCAUGGUUACAUUAUUCA